AUGAAUAGAAGGGUAGGAAUAGCCGGAAUCAAGGAGCGAGCCCAGAGGCAAGCUGCCUAUGAAAAAAAGCGCAGACAAAUGGACGAUGAUGCCGCCGCACACCUUCAUCGACAGAUGGAAACGGUCAAGUCAUCGUUGGAAUACUUUGCCUCCAAAUACCAGUCGAAAAUUCGGCAAGAUCCAUCGUUUCGUACAGAAUUCCAAUCCAUGUGUGCAAAUAUUGGUGUCGAUCCUCUUGCUUCUAGUAACGGCGUGUGGUCAAAGAUCUUGGGCAUUGGCGACUUCUACUACCACCUUGCUGUUCGAAUCAUUGAGGUAUGCAUGGCGAAUCAGAGAAAAACUGGCGGCCUAAUGCCUCUCGAGGAGCUAAUAUCCGAAUUGAAUAAAACCAAGAGUUCUCGUGAGACCGAUAUUUGCCAAGACGAUGUGGUACGAGCCAUAAAGAAACUCCACUGCCUUGGCAACGGUUUCAAACUAAUUAAUCUUUCUGGUUCUCGUCAGUUGGUCCAGUCUGUUCCCGGUGAACUUAACACGGAUCAGACUCAAGUCUUACAGUUGGCGGAAUCCCGUGAAGCCCAUGUUAGCUUAUCAACCUGCACACGAAAACUGGGAUGGACUGAAGGUCGUGCUAAGUCGGCUCUAGAAUAUCUAAUGCAGGAAGGAAUGGCUUGGGUUGAUGACGGAAAUGAAUGUGGAGAAAGAUGUUACUGGUUUCCAAGUUUACUUUCUACUGAAACUAAUUGA